UCUGGGCUUCUAGUCUGGCGAAUGCGUAUAGUAUACGCAGGAGACGAAAAAGAUAGGGUAAAGUAGAAGUAAAGGCGUACGUUGAUUGGAAUGACAUGAAAGAAAUUUGUGAUUCUCAAUCAAUCUACAGAGAAAAGUAUGCAGGGUCAUCAUUGCUACAAUGGGUCUUUGUACUGGCAUCAAACUAACCGAUGUGUUUUGCACAUCACCCUACAAUUGCUUGCAAUUUCAGAUGUGCUUUUAGAUCAGAGAAGCAUUACAGUUGGAUCAAAUGAAGAAUGGUUCUCGUCUUCUCUCCAAUAUGGAACUUGGAGAAGUCGUCCACAUGCUCAAGGCCCAGAAAAUACAGUCAAGGUUGAGCUAAGAAACAAAGAAAAUGAAGCAGCAGAACUUGAAAAACAGUAUAUGCCUUCCACCAUUCAAGAAUUGGAGGCUGCUAUACUAGACACUGUUUAUCAAGCCAAUUCUAUUCUUUGUCUUAACCCUAAUGCCCUCCAACAAUACAAGACUCGCCAAAGAAAACUGGUGGUGUGGGGCGCGUCGAUGAAGUUGCGCGGGUUCGCGGAGAUGACCUGGGUCGGUGCCGGAGGUUUUCAGGCCGUUUGCGCUGCAUUUUCUGCUGUUGUAGAUGUUUCUCUGCCGGUGAUCUUCCACGCCGUGGGCACCAACAACUUCGAGCCGGAGAGACGUAAUAUGUGCUGUGUCCAUCUUCAAUAUCUUUCCUCUUUCUUGUUCUUGCUGGAAGCUAUUUCUCUAUGGCUGGAGCUCUCAUUGGCAUUAUUAAAGCUGGGAGUAUACCAAAUGUGAUAGCUAAUGCAGCGCAAAUCCUCAACGGCUAAUAAUCACAUUAGGCACAUCACCUCCGUUACUUUCAGAACUUUGUAAAAUGGAAAAAUUAGCUGAAAACUUUAUGUGGAAAUGGAAAGGAGUGUGGAGGUGGACUUCGUAAAUUGGGUGUAAAAAUACAAAAGAAAAAAAAAAACUGCAAAUAAUGCUGAAGUUGUAUGCAGUGUAUUUUUCAACUUUUUGCUGUUCCAAAUUGUAAAAAGGAAAAAUUAGCUGAAAACUUUAUGUGGAAAUGGAAAGGAGUGUGGAGGUGGUCUUCGUAA